UGGUUCUGAGGGCGGCGUGAGGGCAUCUGCUGCUUCUGACUGAGGAAAAGAUGGUCAACGUCUUGAAAGGAGUGCUUAUAGAAUGUGACCCUGCCAUGAAGCAGUUCCUUUUGUACUUGGUCGAGUCAAAUGCCCUAGGGAAGAAGUUCAUCAUUCAAGACAUUGAUGACACCCAUGUCUUCGUCAUAGCAGAGUUUGUCAGUGUCCUCCAGGAGCGAGUAGGUGAACUAAUGGACCAAAAUGCUUUUUCUCUUACCCAGAAGUGAAAAUAUUAGAUAUUAAAAGUAACAGAUUCAAGAGACUCUUCACUUAGUAUCUUGUGUGACAGGCUAGACUUAGAGCCUUGCUAAGAAGCAUGCUGUGGGAAAGACUCAGGGGUCAUUUGUUCAGAAAAAAGCCCCUGAGCUGAUGUUCUGUUCUUUUGUGUGCAUAGUUUCCUUUUUUUACUAUGUGUACCCUAGAAUUAAAAAAAAAAAAACCCACAAAACUU